GCACUCUGCUGUUUUCCCCGUCAGCCUUGUGCGAGCUACUCAGUACUCGUUUGUUUCGCUUACAGCACAUGAUAUAAUCGCACAUAAAAUGCAACGGCAGCUGAUAAAUGCACUUGGCGGUGUGACGCGAAGGCAAUUAUACUUUCCCUCGAAUGGACGUGCAGUACACACAUCUGCGCACCGUCGGGAAAUUUUUAAGGUGCAGAGCGCCGAGGAUUUCGAUAAAAAGGUCAAGAACAGCCAGACGCCAGUUAUAGUCGAUUUUUUUGCGACUUGGUGCAAUCCCUGCAAGCUGCUCACCCCCCGUAUUGAGAGCAUUGUGGGCGAACAACAGGGCUCCAUAAAGCUAGCCAAAGUGGACAUUGAUGAGCACAGCGAGUUAGCACUGGACUACGAUGUUGCCGCAGUUCCCGUGCUGGUUGUGAUGAAGAACGGCAAGGAGGUUCAGCGUAUGGUUGGAUUGCAGGAUGAGGAUAAAAUCCGCGCCUGGGUGGAAGCAGCUGUAAAGGAAUCGAAGUAAUGAAUGGUCGACGUCGUUUGAUGUAGAUGGGAGCGUACGAAGGAAAGCUUUAAAUACAGAAAAAUUCUGCAUACACUCACAAUUUCUUUGGACUUUCAAAAUAAAUGGUUAUUAUUCGUUGCAACAACUAAAAGCUAAA